AUCAUCCGUUUUUAGGGCUUGGAAAACUCCAAAUUUAUAAAUUCACUCACUCACUUUUGACUACCAUUCAAGGCCAUGACUGGAUUCCCGCAGGCAGAAAAAUCGACUGAGCUGAAAACUGAAGAGGACAAAUCUGAGACCGAAAUGGAGAGGCAGAAGAACAGAAGUAACAAACGUGCGAUUCUAGCAGCUGGUGGAGCGAGUUUGCUGACAGCAUUCGUUGUAAUAGCCGUGGUUAUCUCCCUUUACUACGGCACUUACAUAUGUCAAGCCAGGAACACACCUAAAACCGAGAAAUUCUUCUUGAUUAUUUCGGAGUCCCAAUCCACGGGAAAGGUCGAGGUGAAGGACACCGAGAGGGUGAUCAUAACGGAAACCAGGACACCCAAUCGGACACUUCAUGACACCGUGGCUCUACAGGACUUCAACAGGAAAAUACAAGCCAUAAAAGACCUUGACAGGAACGAGUGUUUCGUCUCCACUUUCGAUAUCCAGUUCGAGGAGGCCAAGGCAACGGUCCAGGGCAAAGAAACGGUGUUUGACCUUGAAAACUACGACACUCGGACUACAGUAAGAUCAAAGGAGACCAUCCCUUUUCAACUUGCGGAGCUAGCCCUAGGUUCUCAGGUGUUGGAAUUCUGCAGAAAUCUGCCUAUAUACUGGCUGACGGACGCUAAAGGCUCAGGUGCGUUUUCCACACUCCUCGUAUUGCCAGAACACAUUCUGCCCCUGUGA